AUGAUUGUGUACCAACCCGGUUCUUGGGGUGUUGGAUUUGCCUUGCGACUCCACGGAUCUGUAUUUCCACGCGCAUUUGCACCUGCUGGGAUAUGUGCUGCGUUUGCAAUGUUGCUGCACUGGCUGCUGCGCCUGGAUUCUGCAACUCUCGAAGUAAUCGGCACUGGGGCACCAGAACAAAAUGUCUUCGACGGAUUUACCUUUGUGCUUGGAUUUCUGAUAGUAUUCCGGUCUCAGCAAGCAUAUUCCAGAUGGUGGGAGGGAGGCACUUUGCUUCAGCAGUUGCGGGGUGAAUGGUUCAACUCAUACAGUUGCUUAAUCGCCUUCUGCAACGGUGCGCCCGAAAAGAAGGAGGAGGUGAAGGCCUUUCAGCACCAGCUGGUUCGCUUGUAUAGCUUAUUGUAUGGUUGCGCCUUACAACAAGUUGCGACCAUGGAUGAGAAGACGUUCGACCUCUUCGGCUUAGAUGGUUUCGAGGCUAGCAGCAUGGCCUUCUUGCAGGAAAGCCAUGAUCGUUGCGAAAUUACUCUUCAGUGGAUCCAGCGCCUGAUCGUUGAGAGUGAUGCAAAGCAAGUGCUGAAGAUUGCUCCGCCGAUCUUGUCCCGCGUCUUCAAUGAGCUGGGAAAUGGUAUUGUCAACCUGAACAAUGCGCGGAAGAUCACAGAUUUUCCCAUCCCGUUCCACUUGGCGCAGAUGAUUACCAUCAUGCUCAUUGUGCACUCGCUCAUACUCCCUCUAAUCUCCGCAGCUACCGUUGACAACAUGUCAUCAGCUGCGGGGAUUACCUUCUUCGUGAGUUUUGCUUACUGGUGCGUCCAUUUUAUCACAAUAGAGCUGGAGUGGCCUUUUGGAGAUGACCCAAAUGAUCUUCCGCUGCAAGACAUGCAAACGGACUUCAAUAUGAGCCUCUCGUGCUUGAUUGACAACAGGGCGCAGGAGGUGCCGAAGUUCAGCUUUGAGCCACAGAAGCACCUCUUGCUGAAGACCAAGAGCAUCAACUUCGAUCGAAAUCUCUCCGUCGGGGGGGGUCCUUGCCGACAGCGCAUGUCGAGGUUCAAAGAGGCCCAGGCUGUGAAGAAAGAGAAACGACCCGACACCGAGAAGAGCGAUUUGCGGAACGACGAGUGCACGGAGAUUCCAAUCCAAGGCUGCGACGAUGGACAGCAGGAGCAGGACAACCCAUAG